GCUGUAUAUGUGAGAAAUAUUUAAAUGAAACAAAAAGGAAUAUUUAACUUUUGAAAACCAUGCAAUUCUUUUCCCAUUUCGAGAACGUGAGAGAAGAAACAAAAAGACAUUGUCGAUCAUCAUCUUGAAAGUUUUCAGUUCCAAAAAUACCAAAAACAGAGAUCAGAAAAAAAAUAUAUCCAUAAUAUCAAAAGCUCAAAAAGAGAUAGAAAAAAAAUGGUGAGAAUUCCUUGCUGUGAAAAUAUGGGGUUGAAGAAGGGACCAUGGACACCUGAAGAAGAUCAAAUCUUGAUCUCUUACAUCCAGCGUUAUGGCCAUGGCAACUGGCGAGCUCUACCUAGGCAAGCAGGUUUAUUAAGGUGUGGAAAGAGUUGCAGGCUUAGAUGGAUAAAUUACUUGAGGCCAGAUAUCAAAAGAGGAAACUUCACAGAUGAAGAAGAAGAAACUAUCAUUAAGCUACGUCAGAUUCUUGGAAACAGAUGGUCGACAAUAGCAGCAAAAUUACCAGGAAGAACAGACAACGAGAUAAAGAAUUAUUGGCAUAGCCAUCUAAAGAAGAGAUUUGAUGAGGAGAAAUAUGGUAGUUCAAGCACAGGCAGUUCUGGUAACUGCAGUAAAAAGUCAAAAAGGACAGUGAAAAACAACGCAAUUAGAUCAUCAGAGAAUGUAAAUAUUUCUGCUGGUCAUGAUCACGCAUCAGCUUUCUCACAACAGUCAUCCCAUGAUGAGUUAUCCAGUGCUUUUGCAAAUGUAGAAGCUGUCGUUGAUGGUUUGAAUACUAUAAGCGACACGGCGUUUUGGUAUGACAUUUUCAUGAAAACAAGAAAUUACUCUAGAGAAGUUGAUGGAAAUUGAUUUAUGGCAGUAGAACUGUAGUAUAGUAUAUAUGGGUUAUUUUUGUUUUUGUAAUUACUUGUCUUCCUUCAUUUUCAAUGGUACGUAAGAAUUGAUUAACAUUAAUGUUUCUGUAAUUUUUUCCCUUCAAAUUAAUGCAAUAAAUCCCCACAGAUUUCAUGCUUAA